GGGCGGCUCGGUCAGGUACCAACCGGCGAGGGCAAGACUAUGAUUGUAGCGAUUCUUGCAGCAAUCCUGGCGCUCCGAAAUCAGACGGUUGACAUUAUUACCGCGUCUGAGGAGCUAGCAAAGCCGGCUGCCGAGGAAAUGAAAGGGUUUUUCAGUCUAUUUGGUUUUUCGGCGGCUGCUAUUAGUGAAGAUACUAACUGGACACAACACAUUAUCUACGGAGACGCCUCCCAGUUCCAGUUUGCGGACCUUCGCUACCGCUUUGCGGAAGAGCAUCAGAAAGGCGCAGGUCGAGGUGCCGAAAUGCGUCCGUACCAGGUGGCCAUCAUAGAUGAGAGCGAUUCGCUAAUGGUCGACGGCAAGGGAUCGCAGGCUCUGCUAGGCAGCUCUGCGCCGGGAGCGCAUUACCUACAGAAUUUCAUCAUAAUUGCGUGGGGCAUAAUGCUCAACGGCAAAAAAAGCCUACGUAUAUGCAAUGUGACAAAAUGACUGAUACUGUGUGGACAUCAAAUUGUGCGCGCCACGAUCUUAGUUUAAUUUGGUAGGAAGCGAGACUUCGAGAAGCUUUCAUGAUUUAUUUUUUGUGCUUCUGAACAAGACAACUUAACUGUUGUGUUUGCAAGAGCUACUGUUUCCACCCGCUCGUUUGCAACUUCCUGCCUUUGCACGUUUUCGUUUGCUGUCCAUGUUUGCAUUCUCAACAAAACAAAUGAUUGACAUUCCCAAAUUGCAAAAAGAUGCUUGGGGGCGAGGAUGCCCAUGCCACGAUACUCAAGUAUCCGUCGGAUUUUUUUUGCGCUGCACAGAGCCAGUACAACGUUCCUAAGCACGGAACACUCACUUUUGAACUUCACCCGCAGUUCCCUCCCGCAGACGACUGGACUGCGUUCAAGAAAGAGUGGAAGAAGGUAGUCGCGGCAAGCCAAGGCUCAAACUCCUCUCCGGCACCGACGACUUCGACCGGGGGCUCCUCGACCAGUGGCGCAGGGCCGGAAACUGGUGAUGUUCACGAAGAAAAGGACAACCUUGAUGUGCUAAAGCAAAUCACUCCUAUCGAGCAUUUGGGUCUAGAUCCGUCCGACACGAGCAAAAAGCCUCUCUACAAGGAUUGGUCAAAUUACUUGAGCCAGAAAAUCGAAGCCAUGUUGCGGCAGGGUGUGCGCGAUUUUGAUCAUCACGAAAACAGCUUACUGCCUGACAAGAAGCUGCCCGAUGAAAUGAGAAAGGAAGCUGAAGUACCGGACAGAAAAGUAGUGUUUCAAUGGCUUGAAAAGAAAAUGCUCCGCUCUUUCGCAAGUUGUUCAUAAUUCUUUCAUCUCUCAUACGACUGAGAAGCACCUGUCAUGACGCGGAAGCGAACUUCUCAGACAAGAAAGCAACUGCAUGAAAAUGAGCUAGCAGCCGUGUAUAAAACUAGAUGAACAUGAACAGCAAUUGCAUGCGGGGACGUCUAAUAAAUGCCGCAGCUGCGCUGUAUUUCAGUGCUAGCGUUGCAACAAGAUUCGCAUCGCGCUGUUCCUUUCAAAACAGGCAGCAUGCUCAUACUUUCUUUUGCUACAGGGUUCACACUUUUCACGUCAGUAUGAAGACGGGGACGAUCCCAGCAAGCCAGACGCCCAACCAGUACCACGGUUUUAUCACAUGAAGCACCAUCGGGAUUACAUCGUCCGCACAGGAAUCGUUCAGUGGUCACUAGCAGCGGUGGAUGCCAUGUACCAUCUGGAGCAGGAUAAGCAUUACAGGCUGAAGACGGGAACGCAAGGACCCAAGGUCGAGUUGAUCGACAUGAGUAAUACAGGUUGCGUCUCAGACACAUCACAGUUUACCGGCGGUCUCGCUCAGUUCUUGGAGUUUAAGCACGGCCUGACGAUGACCCCGAGUGGAUUCACGACAAAUUACAUUUCCAAUGCAGGUUACUUCAAGAAGUACGACAAGAUCUUCGGUCUAACGGGCACGCUUGGCGAUGCAGAGACAAGGGACUUUCUGAACGAUACCUACAAGCUGGACUUUUUCUUCGUGCCAGGAUUUAAGUCAAAGCAGUUUCACAUGCUCCGCGGGAUUUUUCAUUUCGAAGGAACAGCAUGGAAGGAUGCCGUGCUGCGUCAGACUUUGGUGCAGGCAAAACUUGGUCGGGCGGUCCUAGUGAUUUGCGAAUCCUUGAGCGAUGCAAAGAUGUUUCAUAAGCAGUUCACAAAGAAGAUUGACGAGCCGAAUCCUCAAGACGUACUUUCCGCGAACGACGCUGCGCUGAGCGUCUCGCUAUACACGGAACAGUCCGAACGAGCAGCGGCGGUGGGGUCGGGCGACCAGAAACGAAAACUGGAACCCGGCACCAUCAUCGUGACAACCAACAUCGCAGGUCGCGGCACGGAUAUCAACCUCACCGACGAGGUCGAGAAGAACGGAGGCUUGCACGUUAUUAUCACCUUCCGCCCGCAGAACGAUCGGGUCCAGCAGCAAAAUGUUGGCCGCACAUCCCGCACGGGAAACAGAGGGACAGCGCAGCUGAUACUUAAC